UUCAAGAAAGGAAACUCAACAAACAAUAAAUUCAAUUCGAUCUCAAGUGUACAUAUAAUCAAACCUUCAAUUCCAUGCUGCAACUUUUUUCCACGCGCUUCCAUGGCUCAUCAGCACAUCCAAGAUAGCCCCAAGAAGAAGAAGAAGAAACCUCCCAAGAAAACCGUCUUUCUUCGUUGCUUUGGAUUUUCAGGCCGCCGGCGAGAUAAUAAUAAUGAUAAUCUGUUUUCCGGUGAUAUCGAUAAACCCAAAUCGCCGCCCUCCGCCGCCGGCAAAAGGAGAAGAUGGCUUAGCCUUUCACUGUGCCGGAAGCAAAAAUCUGCCGCCAAAACUGUUCCCAUAGCCGACGCCACGGCGGCGCCGGCUGAUGAUGAGGUCAACCGCAGCAAAGAAAUUCAUGUUGUUAAGUCAGAUAGUAGUAAGAAGACCUCUUCCAAAAACCGCCAACUUCCGGCGACUCCCGCCGCCAGCGCCGGCGGAAGCCCUCCCGGAGAAACUAUCCUUCAUAAGACCAGUAAGGCUAGCAGGUACGAUAAAACUGAGAGCACCAUCAUCGAGAAAACCAAAACCUCGGAUCACUCGAACUCCACAGAACACCUCAUCACGAUUCAUAAUAAAAAGGCAUCCAAGAAAAAUAUCUCUGCCGGAGCAACGGACGACAAGACCGGAAAGUCACAAAUAAAGAAGAAAAAAACGGUGGCGGUCCACGGCGGCGAUAAUUCCGAAAGCAACAUUGACUCGACGAGAAACCAAGAUUUUACAUACGGGAUGUCGUUGUUAAUGGUGAUUUUAAUAAUAAUGUUGUUUUGGGGGAGAUUAUGCGCCAUUGUUUGUACGGCUGCAUGGUUCUAUUUCGUGCCACGAAUCAAGAGAAAUAAUGAAGAAGAACCACCGGAAACUACACGGCGGAGCGACGGCGGCGGUGGGGUUUCUAACGACGCCCUCUAUUUCAGCUCGGCGGAGAGGAAGAAGAAGGUGGUGUUGGAUGGAUUUCUUGAGAGAAAUCAUCGUACGACAAUAAUUUUGUAGAUAUCAUCAUAUAUAUAUAUCGUUAAUUACUUUUUGUCUCAAGAAAAUUUGGUCACUCUUACUUUUGAAUCCGAAAGAUGUUUUACUUUGAAACAUUUUAUGUAUUGGUUUAUUUGGAUAUAAUCAAGUUAACUUAGUUUAGGAAAGUUUUGGUUUUGUAAAUUAAAGUUUCUUGAACGACAAGGAGUUGGAAGAGACUGUGUACAAGGUCACAUGGUGUUACUUUCCAGUCUUUCCUAAAUGCACUUCCACUUUGAUAUUU